AUGUGCAUCGAAUAUGAGACAACUAAGUCUUCAUUGUUAGUCGGAGACGGAUCUUGGUUGCUGGAAUUCAAAUUGCAAGUGCCUCAAUGCUCUCAGUCCGAAUUGACGCAGCAACCUUUUCCCUUUGGGGUCUUUCGCCGAGUGGAGACCAUUUCAUAG